GCCGUUGAGUUAUUGAAAGGGCCGCAGUGGAGAGUGGGCGGGCUAGUCAAUAAAGCGUCUCUGGGCGGGAGUUCGCGGUGCGGUUUGGCCGAGAGAGUGAAGCUCAACUCCGGACACAAAUACACGGGGAGGGAAGAGGCGUGCGGCUCCGUUCUUCAUCAUAUCCCAGUUUAACUAGCACGUACACUUAUACUUAGUCGCAUUUCCCGCACUGUGAUUUAAGCCGUUUUGAAUAAUAACACCUUCACUCUCGUGUUGUUAACAUCUCGACAACAAACGUUAGCCAGUCACUUAAACAUCACCAAACAGACCUUUAAAGUUGACUAUCAGGCCUGGUACCGAGGAGCUGGUGGUAUUUGGAGGCUGUUGAACGCGUUGUGGUGGUUUAAAAGUUUCCUGCACGGAUUCGUGGAUUUGUUUUUCUAAGUUUUGUCCGUGGAAGUCAGACGCUCGGGCCCGCAAACAGUCUCCCGUGCGCGGAGAGCAGAUACAGUUCCCUGGUGGUCUGGAGAGCUCUGCGUUCGGAGCUAGAACCUGGACAGCUCAUGACUUCAGACCAGGAAGGAAAAACUAUCGUGGAGCCACAGGUGCAGCAGUCACAGGAAGCAAAGGAGAAAGAGAUUCCCCUUUUGGAAUCCUCCAAGAUCUCAGACCUCAAUCCCAAUGCGAAGGCAUGGGCAAAUUACAUGCCUAAACCAGAGGCCUCUGCUACAACCUGCCCAGAUUCUCAGCAGUCAUGGGUAGAUGCGGCCGAUGACCCAUCAAACUGCAUCUCAGGAGGUUAUAACAACAGUGAAGACAAAGGGAACUGGAAUGAGGAACAGCAGGUAUCUACCUCUGUAGAACUGCCCUUUGCAGCACAGCCAGAAUCGGUGUACAUGGGAAGCUCAGCCAGUGAGAAGGGCAUUGUGUCAAAUCAGAACACCAGUAUGAAAGGGGUGAACGAUUCAGACUCCUCUAGACAGCUUGAAGACCUUCGGGAACAACUGAAGGCAACACUGGAGUUCUGCCUCUCUAGGGAGAAUCUAGCCAACGACAUGUACCUCAUCUCGCAAAUGGACAGUGACCAGUAUGUGCCAAUAGUGACUUUGGCAAACCUUGAUCAAAUCAAGAAACUCACCACUGAUGUUGAUCUCAUUGCAGACAUCUUAAAAACGCUGCCUCUUGUCCAAGUGGACAAAUGUGGAGAGAAAGUGCGGCCCAAUCAGAACCGCUGCAUCGUAAUUCUCAGAGAGGUUCCUGAGGCCACUCCUGUGGAGGAAGUUGAAACACUCUUUAAGAGCGAUAAUUUGCCCAAAUUCAUCAAUUGUGAGUUUGCCUACAAUGACAACUGGUUCAUCACCUUUGAAUCUGAGGCAGAUGCUCAACUGGCAUACCAGUAUCUCAGAGAAGAGGUGAAAACUUUUCAAGGGAAGCCGAUAAAGGCUAGAAUAAAGGCCAAGGCCAUUGCCGUCAAUACCUUUGUGCCAAAGAAUGGGUAUCGGCCCGUGGACGUGUCCUCAAAUGUCCAGCAACGCUACACCCCUUACUACAUCCCACCUGUGUAUGGAGCACAGCAACAGUUUCCUCUUUACAGACUAGUGACGCCUCAGGGCUGGUCAGCUACCCAGAGCUACCUGGACCCGACUCUGGUUACUCCGUUUCCCAGCCCUGCGUUUAUUAACGGCUUCGCUGGUUCUCCGACAUUUAAAUCAGCAACAUCUCCACUACCUGUCAGACACUAUACACCUCGAAUCAGGAACCAUAACAAAACACACAUUCGACUGACAACAGACCGUGGAACCACCCUGCUGGAAAACCCUGCUGCUUUCUCUACUUUCCCUACGGAGAGAGUCCCUAAUGGGACACGGCCUCCACAGAUUCAUCACUUGGGUAGCCGACCUCGACUACCUAGCGGUCCAGGCUAUCCACGCCGGGACCAGGUGGGAAGUGGACGGAUGGAAGUGAACGGGGCUGAUUACUCUCUGAACGCGGGCCGUGGGAGAAGGGGCGGCUAUGGAUACAGGAAAAGGAGAGAUGACAACAAGUUUCCAAGAGCAGCAACACAGUCGCCCCCUCCUGUUCAGGAGCGCACCCCUUCCCCUAGCUUUGAGCUGGGCCUGUCCAGCUUCCCUCCUCUGCCUGGAGCUGCAGGAAAUCUAAAGCCUGAAGUAAAAACUGAAAACAGCCUUGACAACCGACUGUCUGAUGUUGUCGCUGGAGCGGUUAAAGACAAGCCUCUAAAUAAGGAUGUGGUCACCAGCCGUGUGAUCUCAGGGACCUCCAAAGAAUCCGUGCAGGCUGUUCCUGCUCCUGCUCCUGCUUCUGCUCCUACUCCUGCUCCUACUCCUGCUCCUGCUCCUGCUGCUGCUCCCGCUGCUCAGACCCCAGUGGACCACCAACACUCGCCCUCUCCAGCCCUUGCAAACCUGACAACUGUAGAAAAACCUAAAGAGAUGCAGACACCUGCAGAGAAAUGCUCCGAUACACACGCUGCUAAAACUGCACCACUGAGCAACCCAAUUACAGUAAGUGAGCCCCGGAAGCCGAGCUACGCAGAGAUCUGUCAGAGGAUAAGAGAGGCACCAACACAGCAGCCGUCAGCGGAUCCCCGACCUCCCAGCUCCACCGUCGAAGACAUCAAGACUCCUGACUCGGCAGAACGCAGAUGCAGAGAAUCAGCACCCGCACCUGCCAAAUCCACAGCGACGGCUUGUCCCAGAGAAACAGUGAAAUCUCAUCAGAGCGCCGGGGAACGAGCGAGCGGCGGCACGACAGCUUCCUUCCACCAAUCCUGAGAGUCUCCGCUUUGCUUCCAGGACCGAAUGGGAAGGAAAACUUUGUCAGGGCUGCUCAAAAAAAAAGAAAGAAAGAAAGAAAGAAAAGUCCCUCUUAUCUCACGGUCUCUGUGAGUGCACACACAGACAGCUUGUCACUGGAAUCAGGGCCUACAGACAAAAGCACUUGUGCAUAAGGGUUCUCUGAAUAUUUUUGUUGUCCUUUCUGUCGUUUUGUUUUUCAGUUACAAGAUCUUUUGUUGUUUUUUUCCAAGGAAAAUUGGAUUAAUGAACCAGCACCAGUUGGAGAUUAACUAUUUAAAAAUGUUUUGUCAGAGCUCAACUUUAUUUUGGGGUUAAAACUUCAAAUAGUGCUGUUGGGAGGAAAUACUGAUUUUUUUUUUUGAAUAGUGCUGAUCCUGAAACACUUUUUUUUUUUGUGUGUGUGUUUUCUUUCAUUUUUUUAACUGAUAUGUAUAUAAUUUUGCUAACCUUGAGUGUCUUGGUACUGGUGCGAUUCCGUACGUGAAUCUCGGCGGUCCCAGCCAUUACAACUGCAUGAGUGAGACUUUCGUGUAAAUCUGUUUUGUGUUCUGUUUUUAUGUUUGGAUGUUCCAGCACUGGAGUGACGUGUUUUUUUUUUUUUUUUUCUCUUUUCUUUUGGAGCUCUGAAUUAUUUUUUUACAUGCUAAUCCUCUAUCAAAUUGUACUGAUGUGAUAUUGUAGCAGGUGUAUGUAUACCUGUUCUUGUGUGCAUGCUUUCUUUUACUUUUUUUCUUUUCUUUUUAACCUUUUAAUGGCACACAUUGGUUUGCUGAAUAAUUUCCUUUCCUUUUUUUCCUAUUCGCCAAUUGUUUGGGAAGAAUCCACUCUGAUGCCUCUUCAUUCGAUCCUGGAAGAUCUUCACACUGCAAAGUCCUCAGGUUGCGAGGGUGAAGUGUUCAUGUGCCUAGUCUGCUGUGAUCUAAAUGAUAGAUGGAUAUAUAAUUUGCUUCUUAGCCUCGUUUGUUAUCCUGGUGUGGUGCUAUGGUUCGUCACAUGGUUUCUUUGGUGCUUUUAUCUAUAUUAACGGAGGGAAAGUCACCAACACGCACCAACGUCUGUCGUUUGACCUUCACCGAUUCGCUUUCAUAUCACCACGACUAUACGAGUGGGAUCGUGUACAUUUAUAUAGUGACGUAUACAUCAAGAGCAAAAAGAUCUGAGCCUUCAGCACACAUGGACCAGCGUUGUUUUUUGGGGGUUUCUCCUUUAUGCAGACUUUGCUUUUGAGUGUCACUCUCGUUCAUGCUGUUCAUUAGUUCAGUUCAUUGGUUCUCAUCCGAGUUUGAAACCGUCUUGGGCCGAGCGAGACAGACCGUUUAUUUUGUUUCGAUGUCUUCCUGCAGCGUGGAGCACGUGCAGAAUGCUUUGAGAUGUUUGUCAUGGCGUCUGUUGUAUAUGUUUUCUUGUAUCUUCCCUGUGAGUUUUUCUUUUUUUUUUUUUUUCUCGGUUAAUCAAAAAAAAGUUUUUGUUGAUUUUUCUGACUUUUCGAAUGCAACCGAUCAUUUUUCCAUCAAUAAAUGAAGCAUACCAUGGUUGAAGUAAUGAAGGUUUCAUUACAUAAACCAUUAAGAUGUUCAAAAAAUAAACAAGCUAAAAAGAAACAUCACAUAUAAAUUAACAGUGUUUGAAAACUUGAAUUUUAUUUAAACUUGAAAAAAAUGUCUCUGCCUUAACUUUUUAGAUGACAGUUUGGAGGGUUUUUUUGUUUAUUUGCUUUCUUUCAAUUCCCAAAGUGUAGAAAAAAGGAUGAUGUGGUAGAGGCGUCCGAAGCCUUCCUCACUACAUUUGUGUAGCACAAUACUUUUGGGAUUGAGAUGGGAUUAUUGUUUUGUUUUGUUCUCCUCUGUGUAAAUGCUUGUAGUCUAAACUGUAGUACAUGUAUACAUACACAUAUACUUGUAUGUGUGUGCUUUCUCUGUACAGAUGUAAAUAAUUGGAAAAUGUUAAAAAGGUACCCUAAAAUUGGUUAUGAGAAACUGUAUGGGAAAAAAAAUAAUAAAUAAAUGUUAAUGAGAAA